AUGAAUGGAAAAACUGAAAAUGGAACAAAAUUGGGAAUGCCAGAAGGAACUGAAAAUGACAGAGAAAUUGAAAUGAAUGAAAAUUUUGGAAAUGAAACAAUAAGAAUGUAUGAAGAUCAUGAAAUGAAUUUAACAAAUUUGCUAAAGCCAAUUAUUCGUGAUGUAAUUAUUGAAAUAAAAAAGCAAUUAGCUAAGAAAGAACCAGCACUUAGCUUAUUUGGUGCUAUUCAACGUGUCACCGGUGACUUUUGGAUUGCUUUUGUUAAUACAGUUAAAACAAUUAAUAACUUUUUUGAUGCGUUAUUUGCACCACUUUUAAUACCAUUGCAACCAAAGCUAACUGAAAAUUAA